AUGGGUACUGUCUGGUUUGUUCACUGGGCACAAGAGGCGGAUAGAGCGGCCAUGCAUAGAGGUGUCGAACGUGAUAUGGAAAAGCAGCGUAUUCGACUAGAGCGCCAGGCCGACUUUGAAAUGCAAAAGACCCUCGAGCAGGAGUACCUCAAGCUCCAGACGGUACACAGCACCACGGACGACUCAAAUACAACCAGUCAAAAUACGGGGUAG